AUGCUGCAGUCCCUGGCCGGCAGCUCGUGCGUGCGCCUGGUGGAGCGGCACCGCUCGGCCUGGUGCUUCGGCUUCCUGGUGCUGGGCUACCUGCUCUACCUGGUCUUCGGCGCAGUGGUCUUCUCCUCGGUGGAGCUGCCCUAUGAGGACCUGCUGCGCCAGGAGCUGCGCAAGCUGAAGCGACGCUUCUUGGAGGAGCACGAGUGCCUGUCUGAGCAGCAGCUGGAGCAGUUCCUGGGCCGGGUGCUGGAGGCCAGCAACUACGGCGUGUCGGUGCUCAGCAACGCCUCGGGCAACUGGAACUGGGACUUCACCUCCGCGCUCUUCUUCGCCAGCACCGUGCUCUCCACCACAGGUUAUGGCCACACCGUGCCCUUGUCAGAUGGGGGUAAGGCCUUCUGCAUCAUCUACUCCGUCAUUGGCAUUCCCUUUACCCUCCUGUUCCUGACGGCUGUGGUCCAGCGCAUCACCGUGCACGUCACCCGCAGGCCGGUCCUCUACUUCCACAUCCGCUGGGGCUUCUCCAAGCAGGUGGUGGCCAUCGUCCACGCCGUGCUCCUUGGGUUUGUCACAGUGUCCUGCUUCUUCUUCAUCCCGGCCGCUGUCUUCUCAGUCCUGGAGGAUGACUGGAACUUCCUGGAAUCCUUUUAUUUUUGUUUUAUUUCCCUGAGCACCAUUGGCCUGGGGGAUUAUGUGCCUGGGGAAGGCUACAAUCAAAAAUUCAGAGAACUCUAUAAGAUUGGGAUCACGUGUUACCUGCUACUUGGCCUUAUUGCCAUGUUGGUAGUUCUGGAAACCUUCUGUGAACUCCAUGAGCUGAAAAAAUUCAGAAAAAUGUUCUAUGUGAAGAAGGACAAGGACGAGGAUCAAGUGCACAUCAUAGAGCAUGACCAGCUGUCCUUCUCCUCGAUCACAGACCAGGCAGCUGGCAUGAAAGAGGACCAGAAGCAAAAUGAGCCUUUUGUGGCCACCCAGUCAUCUGCCUGCGUGGAUGGCCCUGCAAACCAUUGAGCGUAGGAUUUGUUGCAUUAUCCUAGAGCACCAGGGUCAGGGUGCAAGGAAGAGGCUUAAGUAUGUUCAUUUUUAUCAGAAUGCAAAAGCGAAAAUUAUGUCACUUUAAGAAAUAGCUACUGUUUGCAAUGUCUUAUUAAAAAACAACAAAAAAAGACAAAUGGAACAAAGAAGCUGUGACCCCAGCAGGAUGUCUAAUAUGUGAGGAAAUGAGAUGUCCACCUAAAAUUCAUAUGUGACAAAAUUAUCUAGACCUCACAUAGGAGGAGAAUACUUGAAGCAGUAUGCUGCUAUGGUUAGAAGCAGAUUUUAUACUUUUAACUGGAAACUUUGGGGUUUGCAUUUAAAUCAUUUAGCUGAUGGCUAAAUAGCAAAAUUUAUAUUUAGAAGCAAAAAAAAAAAGCAUAGAGAUGUGUUUUAUAAAUAGGUUUAUGUGUACUGGUUUGCAUGUACCCACCCAAAAUGAUUAUUUUUGUAGAAUCUAAGUUAAACUUACUAUUUAUAAUGCAUAGGUAACCAUUAACUAUGUACAUAUAAAGUAUAAAUAUGUUUAUAUUCUGUACAUAUGGUUUAGGUCACCAGAUCCCAGUGUAGGUCUUAAACCAAGACUAUAGAUAUUUUGUUUCUUUUGAUUUCUCUUUAUACUAAAGAAUCCAGAGUUGCUACAAUAAAAUAAGGGGAAUAAUAAACUUGAGAGUGAAUAACCAUAGUAUUCUGCUGCAAUAAAUGUUUCUACCCUCUUGCGAUAGAAUGGUGUCAGAUGUCUAACAUGUUUAUAAACAUUUUUUUGAAUUGAACAAGUUAUGAAAAGGAUUUAUUGAAAGGUUAAGAUACUUUGUUUUGAAAGUACAUUGUGAUUUGCAGCCACCUAGCACUAAAGCACAGAACUUAAACACAAAUCCCUAAAUGAACAGAUUAUGUUACAUUAAUCUGAGAAUUUUAAAUUUAGAAGCUAAAAUAAAUAAAAAUCACAGCUGGUUGUAAUCCUAUGCUUUCAUAUAUCAGAAGUGUGCCUCUAUGUAGAAUAUAUAUACAUAUGUGUGUGUAUAUACAUAUGUAUAUAUAUACUCCUUCAUAGAAAACAUAAAGGUCACAUUUAGAUGAUGUACGCAGGAUACUAUUAUAUUAAGGAUUUUAGAAAAGAAAAUGAGAAAGCCCCUGUGUGAUAAUGAAUGUCCACUGACCCCCGCAAUGGAGCCUUACCUCCCAUGGGUGGCUGCCCAGGAGCUGGUGGUUGAGGGGCUGGUAAAAAUCAGUGCAAAAUCAGCGCCCUCUGAUGAGCCAGCCAAGCACUUUGAUUAUGGGCCAGUCUCCUGACAGUGGGUCACUCGCUCAGUAACCUCCUACCUUCUGUACCAUGUGCUGCCAUGAGCAAAUUAUUACCAGCUGCAGGGCAAAGGGAAAGCGUCCCCUUACCCUUCGGAAGAUUUGCUGAAAAAUCAACUCACGAAAAGGCAGAUUAAUGAGAAAAGGCAUACACAUUUAUUAACCACCAUGCACACAGAAAGAAUUACAGAGUGAUUGUCCAAUAUCUCAAUGGGGGUUCACAUGCUUAAAUAUCUUGCUGAUUAGAGGACCGGGAGAUGGAAAAAUGUAGGUGAUUUUAGAGGGAUAGUAUAUGAUUUUUAAAGGCAUCCAAGUGUGCUGCCCUGUAAGCAUAUUUCGUCCCUGCUGACCAUGUCCCUGCAAUAGAAGACUGCUGUCAUGAGGCCAGAUCAUUGGUUAAGGGUAGAAUAGAGAAUCCUUGGAGAAUAGAGGCAUGCAUCCUGCCAUAACUGGAUCUGCGACAUUUCCGAUGGUCACAAGGCUUGGUGUGGAGCAGAGUCCUGAGAUGCUCAUCAAUAUAAAUCACAGAAGCUGGAUUACACUUGGAGAGUGUUAUUGUAUUUUAUGCAAUGCAGGAAAAAAUAAUGGCUAGUUUGCUACAGCUGCUUGGCUCUAACAUGAGAGGGAAGUUCAAAGUCCAGAAAAUGAGGAAGGACAUGAAGAAAAACUUCUGAAUCAGAUGUGAUUAAUAAGUAAUAGAGUGUAGUACUUAAUUUUAGGAACUCGUUUGAAUCCGCAGAGAACACAUUAAACCUUAAUGCCCUUCAAAUUGUUGUUGUUAAUGUGAAGGGCAAAGUAGAAAAGUAGGAGCAAGUUUUGCCUCGGCCCCCACCCUAGCAGGCAGGAAAGUAAGGGAGGAUGUCUUCCCCAGGGUUUCUUUUUGUCUUUGGCCGAUGAUGCUGCCCUUUGGUCCCCAGGGAGAAGCGAGCUUGGUCACCCAGGAGGAGCUCUGGGUCAGCCUCUCAGAGAACAGAAAUUCGGCUUGCUGCAGGCCUGACAAGGAGGUGGAAGAUGAGCAGUGUAGCUAAGCCAGAACUGACCUUGGGAACACUUUAGUUGGAGGCGAGAGAGUGGGAAGUUGGAGGUAAAAGUGACUACUAGAGAAUUCUGGGUGAUGAGUACAAGCUGAACUCACUUGCUUAGCUUGAGCCUUCAAGAUUGAGUUCCUAAGACGCCUGCGGAAUGCCCUCAGGGUAGAACAGCAGCAGAAAGCCUUAUCAUUCCAGGACAUGGUCCUGUGUGUGAACUUAAAUGUGACACGUGUCUGGUAGGGAUGUUGAUUUCAAAGUAGCAGAUACACUCCAUGUGAGGAGAGAACACAGAGUAUCUCAGAGUGGGAGUUCCUAAGCUCUCAGAAAUCCAAGGGAAGAGAGACCAAGGGGUGGGAGUAGUCUCUAAAUGAAUCAUGUAAAAGAUUCCCAGGACAGAUAAAGUUUAGCCCAGAUCACUCCAUUUAUGACACUGGUUUCUUUCUAUAGUAAUCAUGCCACCAAGAUAUUUUGAAAGUAUUUGUUCAAAAGUUGAAGAAGACAAGUGGGAGAAAAAAGAAACAUUUUCUGAAGACAGAAAUUUGGUCUGACUUCAAAAAAAAUCGAGUAAUGUUUAGAUUACUGACAUGGGGUCACUUUUUUUUUACCUGAGAAAAAAAUCACACUCAUACUUUCUCCAAACCAGCUUUAUGGGCCUUUUGGAAAAUGAACGAGGAGAUAUUUACAAAUCUGGAGACCUCAAGAUAACGGAAAUAGGCAAUGCAAAACCUUCUUAACUCUUUAAAGUACACUGACCUCUUACUAAAAACAGCUAUUUGUUUCAAAGAAGAAAAGUUUUAAAUUGGCAGAAGCACAUGUUGGAGAAUUAGAACAGUAUUAUCUGUCUCUUAUUCAGAAUUCAGUGAGAGCAGAGCCUCCUGAUUGUCUGGCAUAAUACAUUUAUUUUGGUAUUUGUUGUUGUUAAAGCCUCCAUGCUGGGAAGAGCUGUGAUAAAUACUGAUAUCCUCAAUUUAGGAAGGCAGUCCCUUCAGGAUGUAGUUUCAGCAAUGUAUAUAUGGCAAAUUUAGAAACAAAAGUUUCUUAGCAACUUAUAGUUGAAAUUGAAAUGAGACAGUAUACCAUUUACUUUAUUUGACUAUGCCAAGUAACUUUUUACAUCUGUCUCUGUAGCAUGUUUAAGAUUUUCCUAUUGUGACUUUUUUUUUUAUUUUGCAAGGGUUUUACAUUGUGGAAAUUUGGUGCAUCCAAACCUUUUGUGUGAGGCAAGAUGUAAAAUUGCUGAAGUCAAUUUUCCUAACAUCUCUCUUAUCUAAUAUGUACUGUCAGGCAAACUCAGCUUUUUGGAGUGCAGUAAAGGACCCAGAAGUAAAUAAAAAUGCUUUUUAAAGUAUUUUUCAUGCCCUGGUAGGAAAGCACAUUUAAAAAGAAGUAAGCCCUCUCUUUGCUUCACUCAUGGCAUACACAUACUUACUUUGCACACAGUUCUAACAAAAUUAUUACUCUGUUUUUCCAACCCACAGAAAAUAAAGGAGAGAGUUGUAUUAAAAGGCAAAUUUAAGACAAAUUAAUUCAACAGAGUUUAUUUGAAAUUAAAGGAUUCAUGAAUUGGACAGCAUUCAAAGCCUGAAGAGGUUCAGAGAAUUUCACUGUAGCAGCAAGAGGUGUGGGGUUUUAUAGGCUGAACAUGCAAGCAAAGCAAAGCAAUUGCUUGAUUGUCUACAGCUACGUAUUUGUCUUAAUUGAAUAUGAUCUACUGGAAAAUCCCUGGGCUUGUUGGUGGUUUCUGACUGGUAAAGGUUUUUUGUUUGUUUGUUUGUUUGUUUGUUUAACUGUUUAUGUUGAAUUGGGCUUGGCUGGAUUUGUUCACCUAGGAAACAAAGGGCUCUGGGGCCAUCUCAGCCUAAUGGCCUCUCAAUUAUUUUAACAAUUGCUACCCAAAUUUUGUGUCAACAUAAAUGACGUUACAAUUUUUGGUGAUACAAUUAAAGAAUUUAAAAGUCUCCA